AUGGACCAUCCUUCAAAAAAGAGUAUAUUAGCUGAUGUAAAAAAGGAUAACGCACUUGAAAAGUACAGCUCUAAAGUAAUUGAUAUCGUUCGUGUAUUGGAGAACGAAGUUGUGUCGAAUUUGUCAACCAUAAAUGCAAGAAAUAAAUUUAAAAAUAAACUGCAACACACUGAGAAAACGGAUCCAACUGGUUCAUUAAUCGAUAAUUAUUCCAUUAUAGAAGGACGAGAUUCCGAAGAUUGGAUGUUGGUUCAAUAA